AUGUCGGAUUACUGGAAUAUGUCGCGAUCGCUUUCCGGCGGCUGGCUGCUGCUAUGGCUGCUCCUGGUGGAACAAGCAGGCCGCUCGCUGGCAGCCGCACCAGUUUUUGAUCCGGCAACCAGAAUGCGGACAGUUCUUGUACCUUCGGACACAGCGGUCGGCACUGUCAUUUAUCGUUUGAGGGCAUCAGAUGACGAAUUUGAUUAUCCACUUCACUUCGAACUCUUAGGAGCAUCAUCCUCCGCAUUCUCGGUGGAUUCGCUGCCUUGUACGCGUUAUAACUCCGUCUGUCAGGCGAAUGUCGUGCUCAGGCGGCGUCUGGAACGCGGAAGAUAUUACGAUUUUCGGGUGCGAGUGGCCGAUACUGCGGGCGAUUCUACCACUUUGGAUUGCGCUGUGAGCGCGACCAAUGGCACGACGCCGAUCCAAGACACGUUUCCGAAAGCUCCGGGUCUUAUCAUGGUGCCCGAGGAUGCAAAACGAGGAACGGAAUUAGAAUUCAUAAUUGCAAGAAAAAAUCCUCUUUCACAAAAACCAGUGUACUUGGAACUAUGGGGAUCUCCGCUCUUCGCAAUCAGACAAAGGCUCACGACACCAGACACGACCGAAGGAGUGAUUUUUCUGCUCGGCCCACUGGAUUUCGAAACCCAGAGCAUGCAUCAUCUCACCAUAUUGGCUAAUGACGCCUUCCCAAACCCGCGUUACGACUCUCGAAACAUAUUCGAGCUUCGAGUCGCAGUUGCCGUGCAGGACGUUCAGGACACGCCGCCGGUGUUCAGCUCUGCUCCCCCUGUAACCAGCCUUGCUCCGACGCUACUACCAGGAGAUGUUGUGGCCCGUGUCAAAGCUGAAGAUGGGGAUAGAGGCAAACCCAGGCCUAUCACUUAUGGACUGGUGUCCGAGGGCAAUCCGUUCACCACAUUCUUCUCGAUCAAUGAGACGACUGGGGUCAUAAGUCUCGCUCGGCCUUUGGACGAGGCCGCUGCCAUAUCGCACGCGGGCGCUCCCAUCCUGAUAACGGUGGUCGCCGAAGAGGUGAAGGUCAGCAGACAGGAGCCGCCCGCGCAAGCCAGCACCGUCCAGCUCGCUUUCCUCCUGCCAGACAGAUCCAAUAGCCCGCCGUACUUCGACAGCGAUAGCUAUGUCAUACGAUUGGAUGAGAACAGUCCUCAGGGUACUACCUUAUUUUUUCCUGACCCGCCUGCGCCGCGAGUCAGGGAUGAUGAUCCAGGAGACAAAGGUGUUUUCUCACUUCAGCUGAUAGGAAAUAAUGGAACUUUCGAAAUAUCACCAAGCGUUGGUGAUCGAGAUGUCACCUUCCUCAUUAGAGUGAGAGAUCCAGCAAUGCUAGAUUAUGAGAAGAUGCCAGUUCUAUCGUUUCAGAUCGUAGCACAAGAAUUGGGACCUACAACAAACUUGUCGGCUAUAGCAAACGUAACAAUCUUUUUAAAUGAUGUCAACGACAAUCCGCCGGUUUUUUUGCAACCCGAAUAUCGUGCGGAUCUUGCGGAAAAUGCUACUGCUGGUACCAGAGUCAUUCAGGUGCAGGCUAAAGAUGAAGAUACUGGUCCUGGAGGAAGAUUAAGAUAUACUAGAAUAUUGGGGUAUCGAAAUACAUCAUUAAAAUUAGAUUCUGAAACUGGAUGGAUUACUGUAGCGACUAACAAUCACGGAUUUGAUAGUGAGGAAAUGCCAGAAUAUAGUUUUCUUGUGGAAGCCAGAGAUGCUGAUGGAGAAGGUAAUGCUGCUACAACUUCUCUGGUUCUAUCAAUAACUGAUGUGAACGACAAUGCGCCUCAUUUUGAACGAGAUGUUUAUGAAUUUAUGCUGUCAUCUGGGCUAAAUAAUUUUACGGUUCCAGCCUUUCUACAUGCCACUGAUGCAGAUGCCACCAGCCCAAAUAAUCAAGUCAGAUACGAAAUCGUACAUGGAAAUUAUGAUGAAAAAUUUCGUUUGGAUGAAAUUACUGGUCAGAUAUAUUUUUUUUAUCAAUUAGGCGAGUUAACAGUAAAUAACAUAAAAACAUCUCGUGAUACAUCCAAUAAGCAAGGAAAUGGCCUGAAACCUGAGGUUUACGCUAUGACUGUGCGCGCCUACGACUUAGGAGUUCCUCACAUGGCAGCAACAACCUCAGUUCGUGUUUAUCCUCCUGAAAGCAGAGCACGGUCGCUCAUGUUUGUGGUUCCUGGUUCGAAGCCUGAUCUGAAAGCCACCGCCGACACGAUAAGAGCUCUGACAGGGGCUGCUGUUACGAUCGAGGACGUCAGGCCGCAUGAUACCGACCCGGACAAGAGUAUUGUUCUGGCCAGUCUUCAUUAUACUUCAAAUUCUGUUGUGGACGUUGAUCAAAUUCAAAGACGACUUAGCGGCAAUUAUUCCGCAGCGGCUAUAGCAACCGAACAAACAACAGCACAGAUCUAUCGAGGCGAUAGCAGUAAUCUAUUGUUUUGGUUACUGAUAUUUCUGGCUCUUGCAAUAGCUUGCGCAAUUUUGGCUUUGAUACUGUGCUGCAUUUGUGCAGGUUGUCCUCUAUAUAUGCCGCCCAGGAAGCGCGUUGUAGCUACCGAAGAUGGUGUUCGACUGGUGCACAGAUCAGCCACCGAGAAAACAGCUCUCAAAGGCGGAGUUCUUCCACAAACUGUUGAAUGGACCCGAGCUCGUGAAGCCUGGAGUGCAGAAGCUGAACCACGAACAAGACCGACUCAUUGGCAAUUCAACAGGCGAAAUAAUAAUCAACAAUCGCAAAGGUACCGCGAUGAUCGUGAUGACGCUUCAGUUACCAGAGAAGAAUAUAUUCCAGGACCCGGAAGACUAACUGCACCUGAGAGAGGACCAGAUGGUGCUCUCAGAUUGAGGGAUGGUCCCAACGUCAUAUACACCCGUGAUGUUCAGUUGCGUCGAUCAGAGCGCGAUUUAGACCAACUCGAUCGCCUGGAAAGAUUAGAUAGAGAACGUCUGAUUACUAUGGCUCAGACUGAUGACCGACGCGAUCAAAGAUUUAUAAGAGAAGGUGAUGCCGAAAUUCUUCAGUUGAUGACAAGGGGUGGAAGGGAGGAUGCAUUAAGUGGGCAAUACGUAUUAGUUGACGGGGGAAAAGAAUUGCUGAUGAGAAGGUUCAUGGAAGAUGAAAUGCAUCAGACACAAGCAAUUCCUCAAGCUCAAGAACCGCCAUUGGAAGAGUCUUUACGCGAACAAAAUGCUUUACUACGUAAAAUUCUUCUUGAAAAGGAAAGACUUCUACUACUCCAAGAAACUCGCAGCUUGAGAGGCGGACUGGCAGAAGCUCUAUCUGAGACUCAGAGCUUGCCAGGACAUGCGGCUGCUGCGGUCGCCGGGACGCAGACCGACCGCACAGCUGGCACGCAAACAGAUCCAAGAAGAACUAGAAGCGAUUUGGACGAAUCGCCUGGAGAUGAAGAAGAUGAAGAAGACUGGCGUCGCCGCCGCCGAAUAAGGCGUCGCAAACAAAAGCGCGUUCUCGGAGCUCGCCGCAUCCGUACUCCUAUUGCAGAAGAAGAUUCUCCGGUCGAGGAUCACCAUCAAACGUCAUCACAGACCAACAGCCGCAAGAGCAGGCAAGCAGAGCGAUCAGACGUACUUGCCGAAAUUUCUGAUUCGCUGGACGAACGACAGCGCUCUGCUGAGCGAACUCUUCAGAUGACUAGAGAACCUAAAUAUGUAAAAGCCAAAAGACAAACAGCAACUCAGAAGCAGCAUCACGAAGAAAACGGCAGAUCCAUUUCUGCGGAUAGUUUGGAAGAUAGAAAAUCAGCUGAUAAACCAGGAGAUGCUACUAAUUCUGGUAAAACAAGUACGGAAGGAGAAAUGUAUGAAGGCAGACUGAAGAAACCUAUUCCCAAAAAGCGACAAUUAGCUACUUCAGCUGAUAAAAACAAAGGCCCUGCACCUAAACCUCCUAAUAAAUCUGACGGAGGCGAAGAAGGUAAAGAAAUACCUAGAUAUAUGCAAUGGUACUUUGAUCAACAAACAGACUCAAAGAAAAAGUCAGAGUCAGCUAAAUCUAAAUCAAAAACGAAGUCAAGAACUGAUUCAAGUCUAGAAAGACAAAGUCAUAUUCAAAAGAAACCUGCUAUAGAGACACAAUCUGCUAAAGCAGUACCGUCGAACCAAGGUUCUAAUCAUUCUCUAACUCAACAUUCCGAAUACAGAUACGAACAUCCCUCUUCUAUUCCUCAAAAUCAAAAUAAUUUGACUGUAUCUGAUGGUAAAACAAAGGGUAUGCCGGAGGAUGAUCAGGAUUCGGGCAUAGCUAUGACAUCCAUGAUUUUACAAAAUUUGACAACUGCGAAACGAAAUCCAAUAGCAGAGAAAAAAAGCGUUUUUACUAUUGCAUAUGAUGACAUGCGGAUAAAGCAAUUGCGAUCCGAUAGCAACUCGCCACCUUAUUAGAAAAUUUUGUGGCUUUGAUAAGUAGUGAUCGAGGAUAUUCUAUAUAAAUAAUUGUUUUUCAAAUCAAUGAAACAAGCGAGGAGUCGGAAUCGAAAUAUGCACUGAAUUAAUGAAGCCUUUAUGUGUCAAUUGAUACAAAUAUUUUUUAUUAUGUUAUAAUGUUGCUUCGGUUUUUUUAGGCUUUGAAAUUGUUUGUAAGUUGCAUUGCUUGUUGAAGACGUAAAUUAACAGGCAAGUAAUCGAACUAACAGCAAAAAACUUAAAAAAUGAAUAAAAUCUUUUGAGUCGUCUGUAAUAUAUUAUUAUGUUUUAUC